AGGAAUGCUACUCUUUUUUCAGCUUCCGUUUUUCUUUAUUUCAAAUGACAAGCAACAUUUGAACAAGGUAUUCCAUGGAGAAUUAUUCACUCGUGAAAAUAAUUGGAGAAGGUUCAUUUGGUCGUGCUUUACUAGUGCAGUGCAAAAACAGUGAGCAGAAAUGUGUUCUCAAGGAGAUCCAGUUGCCUCUGAAUUCCAAAUCGGAGAAUACCAGGAGAGAGGCUGUGCUACUGUCUAAAAUGAGUCAUGCUAAUAUCGUUGCCUUCAGGGAGUCCUUCGAAGAUGGUAACCUUCUAUGUAUUGUCAUGGAGUACUGCAGCGGAGGAGACCUGCUUCAGAGGAUACAGAAACAGCAAAAAGAACAAUUCUUGGUUGAUGAUAUUUUGAAGUGGUUUGCUCAAAUGUGUGCUGGCGCCAAACAUAUUCAUGAUAAGAGGGUUUUACACAGGGACCUGAAAUCAAAGAAUAUUUUCCUGACAGAAAAUGGGACAAUCAAACUUGGAGACUUCGGCUCAGCGUGCGUUCUGAACAACUCCAAAGCGUUUGCUCAGACGUAUGUUGGCACACCGUAUUAUGUUGCUCCUGAAAUCUGGGACAAUCAGCCUUACAACAAUAAGAGUGAUGUGUGGUCCUUGGGCUGUGUUCUGUACGAGCUCUGCACUCUCCAACACCCGUUCCAGGCGUCCAGCUGGAAGAGACUGAUCCUGAAGGUGUGUCGGGGCUCGUACCCUCCCCUUCCCAGACACCUUCCCUACGAAGUGCACUAUCUGCUCAAGCACAUGUUUAAGACCAACCCUAAAGACAGACCAUCACUCCACACCAUCCUCACCUCACACAGAGUCUCCAAACUACUGCGCCACCAUUUGACUCCAGAGGCCUUGGAGAGUGCGGGACAGGAGAGACAGGGAAGGCAGGGGAGAGAGGGGAGGCGUGUGCAGAGAUGGAGCCCUGAGGAGGGAAAGAAGGUGACCAAGUUAUUGGGAGAGAAGAGCUUAAUACAUACAGGUACUGAGAGAGAAGAGUGGUCACACAGUGAGAGUCACGAGCUCCCCCAGAGGAAACAGUGGACCCCCUCAGACACAGUGGUGCAGAGGCUGGCCAACGCAAGCCUCAUGUCUGCAAACACUCUGAGCUCGGGCAGAGCAGAGGAGGAGCCAGAGGAGCCAAAGGAGCAGCCGGAGAACAGGCAGAGGAGGAGAUGGAGCAGAGAGCCAGCACAGAGGCUGCUCAGUGUGCUGGAGAAGGCCCCACUGCACAGGGCUUUCAGCACAUUCAUCAUACACACAGCAGGACCCCCACCUGACCAGCAGGGGGACAACAUUGAUGGUGUAAUGCAGGAGGAGAUUGAUGAGGAGCGCCUACAGCCACGCUCUGAUGACGACGACACGGACUUUGAGGAAGACUCUCCUUGUGACUGGAUGGACGAGCUGGAGAAGAUGUUUCCACUGCACUAAAGCUUACCUCAGGAACCAGAUAAGGGACAUAUGGUCACCCUAAUUUUGAGACAUAAUAAAUAUUAAA